CUGCAGUGGUGUAGUUGGCUGCAUCUUAACGAGCAAAAUGUUAUCCAAGCUCUUCGCAGUUUUGCUGGCAUUAAGCUCGUUGUCGCAAAUUGAAGGAUCAAGUUUCAAGCUGAAAAUUAUUCAUUUCAACGAUCUGCAUGCAAGAUUCGACGAAGUGACCAACAAGUCAGUUCCAUGUGCCGGAAAUGGUGAACCGUGUGUUGGUGGUGUUGCGCGGCUGGUAACGACGAUCGAAAAGUUGAAAAAGGAAAAUUUGAACCAUUUGGUGCUGAAUGCAGGAGAUGUGUUCCAGGGAACCAUAUGGUACACAUUGCUGAAAUGGAACGUCAGCCAAAUGUUCAUGAACAUGGUCAAACCGAAUGCCAUGACGUUGGGUAAUCACGAAUUCGACGAUGCCGUUGCUGGUUUGGUACCGUUUUUGAACGGUAUUAAAGAUGUUACACCUGUGCUGGUAUCUAACUUGGUAUUUCCUUGGAUGCCUAGUAACGAACUCAAACAACUGCGGUCAUUGAUAAAAGAAGAGCCACUCAUUCUGAAAGUAGGUGACCGAUCUGUUGGAAUUAUCGGAGUAAUAUUUGACGAAACAGAUAAAAUAACCAACACUCAUCCGUUAAAAUUCAAAAGCAGCAUCGAAUCAGUCCGUGCUGCAACAAAAGCUCUGAAAAGCAAAGGAGUCAACAUAAUCAUCGUUCUAUCGCAUUGCGGAAUUUUUGACGAUAAGAAGAUUGCUGAACAAGCAGGCGAUGAUAUUGACAUCAUAGUAGGUGGGCAUACACAUACACUUCUCUACAAUGGCGAGCCUCCAUCCAAGCAUACCGUGCUGGAUAAGUAUCCAAUGGUAGUCGAAUCCGCCAACAAGCAUAAAGUGCUGAUCGUACAGGCAUUUUGCCACAGUAUGUACGUGGGCAACAUAGAUUUAACGUUCGAUGAUCGAGGAGAGAUCACUUCCUAUGAAGGGCAGCCAAUUUACCAGAGUAAUGAUAUAGAGAAGAACCCUUCGGUUGAAGCACGAGUGAAAGAGUUAAGAAAGGAUAUUGAGGUGAAAUCGUCAGUGACUGUAGGAAAGUCGGAAGUUGAACUGAGUAACGAUUGUCGCAGGAAAGAAUGUACGUUUGGAAGUGUUCUGGCUGAUGCGUAUGUGUGGUAUUUCCGGGACAAAUCCCGUGCGCCGAAGAUAGCAAUGAUUCAUCCGGGGAAUUUCAGAAUUUCACUGGCUAGUGGAGCAAUCACGAGAGGUCAACUUUUGACGGCUUUACCGUUCAAUUCCAAUGCCAACUGGGUAAAGGUUUCCGGAGCCACCAUCAAAAAAGCUAUCGAGUAUGGCGUAUCAAUCAAUCCGCGCCGAUGCAGCUUCAAUGCAUUGCAAACUGCUGGAAUCAGGACAAUCGUCAACUAUGGGAAACCAGUGGGAAAUCGCGCUAAGAUUUCGUUGAAAUCUGGUGAGAAGUUCAAGCCGUUGGACGAGAAGAAGGAGUAUAAUGUUCUGGUUAAUUCCUACAUCUUCAAAGGCGGUGACGGGUUCGAUAUGUUCGUGAACUGUACUGUUAAAGGACGAGCACCAAUGGAUGCAGAGCUUCUAGAACAAUACAUCGCAGCUCAUGGGAAAAUUGAAGAAUCAAAACUACUGGAGCCUCGAACAACUGCAACUCAAGAAAAGAAAGCCUCAGAGGAAGUUGAAAUAUGUAAAGCUUUUGGAUGAAUUGUAGAAAUUUAACAUCACAGCGGAUUGAUAAAAUAAAACUAAUACACCAGCCCAUUGAA